AUGAAUGCUCUGAUGAGCUGUAGGGAGCACCCAGAUGCAAUCCUCAUUGAAGAUUACCAUGCAGGGGACAUGAUCUGCCCAGUGUGUGGCUUGGUCGUUGGCGACAGGGUAAUUGAUGUGGGAUCUGAGUGGAGAACAUUUAGCAAUGAAAAGGACGCUAAGGAUAAUUCUCGUGUUGGUGCAGCUGAGAAUCCCCUGUUUGAUGGUGGUGAUAUGUCCACGAUGAUCGCUACAGGAACAGCCAGUGAAGCCAUGAAAGAUGAGUUUGGUAAAGCUUUGUACAAAAACAGACGUGCAGUCAGCAGCUCAGACAGGGCCCUUAUCACAGCAUACAGGGAAAUAGCUCAAAUGGCAGACAGACUGAAUCUGCCCAAGAUGUUAGUGGACCGAGCCAGCACGCUGUUCAAGCAAGUUCACGACAGUAAAGCUUUAAAGGGUCGCAGCAAUGAUGCCAUAGUUUCUGCAUGCAUGUACAUUGCCUGCAGACAAGAUGGUGUCCCCAGAACAUUCAAAGAAAUUUGUGCCGUGUCUAAAGUCAGCAAGAAGGAAAUUGGGCGUGUGUUCAAACUGAUCCUCAAAAACUUGGAGACAAAUGUGAAUCUCAUUACCACAGGAGAUUUCAUGUCUCGCUUCUGCUCCAACUUGGGUUUGUCACCUGCCAUACAAAAAGCAGCUACCCACAUUGCCAGAAAGGCCGUCGAGAUGGAUUUGGUUCCAGGCCGAAGUCCCAUUUCUGUUGCUGCAGCUGCCAUCUACAUGGCUUCUCAAGCAUCGGAUGACAAGAAAACCGCCAAAGAAAUCGGGGACAUUGCUGGGGUUGCCGAGGUCACCAUCAGACAGUCCUACAAGUCCAUGCUGCCAAAAGCUUUGGAGCUGUUCCCACAAGACUUCAAGUUUAGCACGUCAGUUGAGAAUUUGCCCACCAACUGA